CUGCCUCAGUCCCGUAUCUCCAUAUGAAACCCAAUCUCCUUGGACUUGAAGGAGGAGGCGGAGGAGGCGGAGUGGCUGGGGAAGCCGCCGCCGGGAGUCCGUCGCUCGGUCCGGCCAGCGCAGAAACAGAGUAGUAGCUAGGCGCUUUCCGCCGGCGCUGGGGCAAGGGAAACUUACCGAGAGGCUGGAGAGAAGGGAAGCCGGGGGGAGGGAAGAAAGAGCAGCGAGGUCCUCCCCCCUGUUUUACUGUUUCUUCCCCCCCACACCGUUUUUUGGGUUUUGUUUUGUUUUUUAACUUAAUUUUUCUAGAAUUGUAUUUUUUUUUUUUUUAAGAGAGAAAAGCGCAUUGCCUUCUCUUCCCUUCCCGGGCUGAAGCAGCGGCAGCCGCAGGAUCCUCCUUUAUGUGGUGCCUCCCGGAGCCCCCCUCGCUCUUCUCCAAGUCCCCCGUUUUCCUCUCCCUCCUUUUUAAAUGUAUAACUUAAUGGGUCUCAACAGCACCGCGGCCGCCGGGCAGCCCAAUGUGUCCUGCACAUGCAACUGCAAAAGGUCUUUGUUCCAGAGCAUGGAGAUCACGGAAUUGGAGUUCGUGCAGAUAAUCAUCAUUGUGGUGGUCAUGAUGGUGAUGGUGGUGGUGAUUACAUGUCUGUUGAAUCACUAUAAGCUCUCUGCCCGUUCCUUCAUCCACCGGCACAGCCAAGGGCGGAGAAGAGAAGAAAAUCUCUCUUCGGAAGGAAGUCUGUGGCCUUCAGAAAGCACAGUGUCGGGCAACGGCCUCACAGAGCAGCAAAUCUAUGCACCCCCUCGCUCCGCAGACCGCCUGACGGUGCCCUCCUUCCUGCAGAGGGAUCGAUUCAACCGCUUCCAGCCCACCUACCCCUACCUGCAGCACGAGAUCGACCUCCCACCCACCAUAUCCCUCUCGGAUGGGGAGGAGCCGCCCCCCUACCAGGGCCCGUGCACCCUCCAGCUGCGGGACCCCGAGCAGCAGAUGGAGCUCAACCGGGAGUCGGUGCGCGCCCCCCCCAACAGAACCAUCUUUGACAGUGACCUCAUAGACAAUUCCCUGUACGGCGGCCCGUGCCCCCCGAGCAGUAACUCUGGCAUCAGCGCCACGUGCUACGGGAGCAGCGGGAGGAUGGAGGGCCCGCCGCCCACGUACAGCGAGGUGAUCGGCCACUACCCGGGCUCGGCGUUUUACCAGCACCAGCAGCACGCCGGCACGCCCGCCCUCCUGGAGAGCAGCAGACUCCACCAGGCCCACCUCGAGAGCACAAUCGCGUGGAACAAAGACAAAGAGAAGCAGAAAGGGCACCCCUUCUGAGCCCGGGAGAAGAGAACACACACGCGUGCACACACUCGGAAAAAAGUAAAUUAAACACUCUGCACUUCUUAAAGAAAAAGCAAGAGAUGGACAGGGGUGGGGUGGGGUGGGGAGGGUGACGGGAGGGAUGGGGAAGCAAGAGCAGAACCGACCCGUCUCCACCUCUCUGUGUAUAAAUAUUUACUUGUUAUGUCUGGUCUGAAUGCUCAAGCCAAGAAAGCUUGCAAAAACGUUUCUUUGUUAGCUGUGUCUUGAAGUCAAAAGAAAAAAAAUUUGACAGUAGUCUUUGUUUUUGUUUCUAGUUGAGCUGUGUGCGUGAAUGCUUUUUUUUUGUUUAUGAUGAUUUCACUUAACUUUAAAGACAUAUUUGCACAAAAACAUUUGUUUAAAGAUCUGCAAUAUAUAUAUAUAAAUAUAUAUAAAAUAUGAGAAACUGUAUGUGCGGCAGCAGGAGUAUUUUUGUAUUAGAAGAGGCCUAUUAAAAAAAAGUUUUGUUGUUUUCUGACUAGAAGAAAAAAUGGCAAUUUUUUUGAGUGCCAACUCAAAAAGUGUGUAUUAAUUACAUUGUAAAAAAAAAAACCUACAAAGCAGGGGUUUAGAGUUAUUUAUAUAAAUGUUGAAAUUUUGCACUAUUUUUUAAUAUAAAUAUGUCAGUGCUUGUGUUUAUGGCAGCCUCUGUCACAUCUACCACAGAUCGUAGGGGAUAAAUGUUCAACGGAAUUUAAACUAGCCGAAGGGGUAGAAAAUCCAAACUUUGAAGAAACAACACCCCUCUAUAAGAGCACAGUCGAGGAGACUGCAUUCCAGGUAAAACAGUCAUCUCUAGGGUCCCCAAGCAUGGGCCUAGGAUGUCCCAGCCUAGUAAGGUAUACUUUAGUGAUAGACAAUUACUGUUCUUUACAUUCCGUACUGAGCACGGAAAUUCUCCUCUGGGCCAGUUAUGACUAUUGGAGUAAACAAAAUUCAGAUGCUUCUGAAUUACCAAGGAAACUCAGAAAGUUAUCAGAAGUCCAAAUUACCUGUCAUGAGCUAUACCUUUUUUUUCCGUGAUAAGAAUAAACUUCUGUUACUGAAGGAAUCUAGUUUCUCUUCUCCAUCCCUCUCCCCACCUCCCUCUUUUUUUCCUUCUCUAAUCAGAUUGAUGAAGGUCCCUGUUGGGAACGUUCCAAAAAGUCCACGGGAGUCAAUUGCGUAGAGCUAAUCUGCCUUUGAGAACUCUGGUGUUUCUUUGAAGACUCAAAUGAUGGUUUUGGUCAUUGUGCAAAAUGUCUUCAGAGUGAUUGGGUGAAUUCCAAAACUUCCAUGAAGGGUUAGUGCAGUCAAAACGUUUGGGAGCUGAUUGCAUCCCUGUGAAUGAAUUCCAUACUUAAGCAACAAACCAACAAAAAGAUCAUAAAUGGGAAAAAAAAAAAAAAAAAAAAGAACUGAAGUUGGCUCCUGUGAUGUGUUUAAGGCUUACAAAAAUAAAAAAGUCAUGCUUGAUGCUUAAGAAGCAAAACUCUUUACCUCUUCUGAGAUGUUUUCACUAGGCAGCAUCAUCCCCCACUCCCCCGGCCCCCCACCCCACAAUCGUUUUGAUAUGUUUAUUUAUCUGUGUUACAUACGCAUUUUUGUCUUACUAUGCUAUUGUUUACAUUUUUAUAUUGUGUUGAUUAUUUCAGACAGAUGUGAUACCCUUGCGGUGUACUUGUAUGUCAGAGAGAGAGAGCGAGUGGGAGCCAGAGGGAGAGCGAGUGGGAGAGCCAGAGAGACCAGGAGGUGGGAAGAGAGGAGCCCAGCUUCCUGCCGUCUGCUGAGCAGGGGUAAUUAGCUUUGCCACGCUGGUCCUGACUGCCGAGGACUGGGCUUCCUUGGACUGGGAGGUAGCGUUAGCUGGGUGAACCCCAAGGCUGGAGAGUUCUAUUCCUAUGGAGGUGUGUUUCAUUUUCUGCUAACUGGUAGAAUAACAUAAAUGAAAGAUAUUAAAAAAAAAAAAAAAGGCAAUAACUAUUGUUUUUAAGCAACUUUUUUCUAUUACUUGAAAAACUUGAGAACAGUUUUGAAGUUCUGACCAUUUGAACAAUAUUUAUAUACACACAUACACACACAGACAUAUAUUUUAAGAUGACGAAUAGACAAACUUGAAGUUUCACACUUGGCUGGGUUGCCUGGCAAUACUUUACCUUCCUGAUCUUUGAAUCUGCCCCUCUAUGAUGUCUUCGGAUCCCCAGAACUUCAAUCCCAUCACCUAAAUUUUGCUUCCCUCCCUGCCUCCCUCUCUCUCUCUCUUUCUCUCUCAGAAAAAAAAAAAUCGCGUAGAGAAACCAAUCCAAUUUGUUCUGAAAGGUACACGGACGCAUUUGUAGAGGUUUGAAAAAUGUAUCUUUCCUUUUAUGUGACAUGUCUAUCUAGUGCCUUAUUAAAGAAACAGUAACCCUCUCAAGCAAAGGGGGGCGAGGAAGUAAGAUUCCUGUCACAAGCACCAGAGGGACUGGCGUUUGUUCCGCUCCGUGACGAGGGAUACUGCUUCUUUAAACCAUCCCCUCCGCCCACGAGCCCCCGUGCCAUGUGCCUGGCCCUGCAAGGUGCGCCCUUCUGUCCGCGGGCUGUCGGUCGGGUGCCAUGCUGCUGAGAAGCCCCGGCGGAUCGGGCCUCCCCGACACCAACCAAAAAACUGACACAGACUCCCUGCCCUCCUCGGCCGGCGGGCGGGCUUUCAUUCUGCAGUCACAGAGAUAAAAAAGGAAGGAAAACGGGCGCCUCUGCACUGGCCCGAGUGGGAUCCCUUGGGCCUGGCCUGGGUGGGGGGUCACUCUAGGGGCACAGCGGGGGAUGUGAACAGGGGAGCAAGCUGGUCCAUGAGGAGGACGCUGACCGAAAGCCGGCCCCCGUCUCUGGGACCCCCCCAGGAAGCCGGCUUCAGGGCCAUUUUCCAUCUGCCCGCCCAGUACCCUUCGGACGAGCCUCUGCCCAGGAAGCAGGGCUUGUGAAAUGACAGAAGAAAAGUCCCUUUUUUUUCCAGUUGAACUGAAGACAGAUGCCAUCCAAACGCUCCCGGUCCUCACUCCUGGCCUUGGCAAACAGCAGGGCAGUCAUGCAUGGGGCACUUGAAAUCAAAAUGCUAAUAGCCAAUCUCCCAAUCUCCCCAGGAUGGCGCUUUGCCCACAAAUCACAGUGUGUCAUAGCUCUUGUUUCCUUUAGCAUGUCUCCAUAGAACACUCCCUCUCCCCGCCCAUCCAGCCACCCUGACAGAGGGCAGGAACCCCCUGCCUUGGAUCUUGGGCCCGCUUUCUUUGAAAGCGGCUAUUUCUCAACAGGCCCUCCUCCCCCUCAUCCGACGGUGGGCUAGAGAAAAAUACGCUUGCUUUAAAUAAGGUAAAAUGGGGAGGGGUCUUGUCUCGUAGACCAAAUAGGGAUGGUGAUCUCCCCCAAGCCUAGUGGUGUUGAAGGUGAAUGUGACUGAUGAAGGAGGACAGUCUGGGUCAUUCCUCUGGGUGUAGAGAUUGGUGAAAGUCAGCCGCUCCUUGGCGAGUUCAAGGGCAAGUAGACGCUUUCCUAACCUAGUGAACAGUCUACUUCCUUCCAAGUCCAUCACUUUAUUAAAAUGGGAGGAAGGGUAAUGAACGAGCGGGUUUCCUCAGCAAACCCCUUUUGUACGUUGGAUGGACACAUUGAAAUUGCACUAAUCACCAUAUUUUUGUUAAACGCCCCCCAUUUCCACAAAGGGUUAAAAUUGACAGAAUCCAGACGUGUAGCAUAAAACCGUGCUAGGCAAGAACCGAAUUCAUUUCUACUCCCCGUGAAUUGUACAUUUCGGAGAUUUUUAUACGUGCAGCUCAGAUACAAAAAUUUUAAAAAAACCAAACCAAACCAUGUUUUCCAGAAACCGCGCUUCAGACUUUGCUGUACUAUAGAGCUCAGAAGGACGACAUUACAGUCCUCAUUUGCCUGCCUUAUAAUCACAUUUCACUGUAUUAAUAUUUUCUGAAACUUCCAAUUAUGUUGCUUCAGCUAUAGGCAGACCUGUAUCCUGAGUUCUGUUCAAGGUAAACUUCUGUAAACUAUUGGCAGCACAUUCAAUGCAGUACCUAAUCUAUAUUUUGCUGUUUUAGUAUAAAUAUGUACUCUGAUGCCAAUUUACAAAAAUCUGUUGUAAACGCUUAUUGUGUAACAGUAAUCAAUAGCAGCAGUGGUGACAUUCAAAAACACUGCACUACUUAUACAAUAAAUUUUACAAUUCUUUGGA